AUGAUUGUGCAUGAUAAAUUUCGUGGUGUGUUUAAAAGUCUUCUGCAGCCGACCACCUGUAAAUAUUGCCAAUUGCCUGCAGCAUUCUUUGAUAAUAAGUGCGUUUGGUGCGCACAUGCUGAAAGGAAACUCGGACCACCAGUUGUCUGUUCAGAAUGUAGACUGAAAGCUGCCUUCGCUAAGCAACCACUACGGAAAGAUAAGCCUCUGUUGUGCCGAUUGUGCCGUAAGUCAAAAAGUAAAUCGAAAGAAACAAGCCUUUCAGAGAAGUCGUCGGAAAGUGUGAAAGGCUCACCAUUAAAAAGAAAAAACGAUUUCACCGAUGACCAGAAAACGAAAGCUUCAAAGGCCUCUGUAUUAGACGAACAAGGAUUUGAACAAAUCCAGUCUGAACAAUUUUUUGUUAUUCAGCAGUACAAGGACCAGAUUUUAGAUUUGAAGAAAAAGUGCGGCGAGAAGGAUAGGACGAUACUUGAACGCGAAAAGAAGAUCGCGAUUUUAAAUGCUGAAAUUAUUCGGAUACAACGGGAAGAAAAGGAAAAAACACUUUUGUUGCAGAAACAGUAUCAAAACACUGUCAGAUCCCUUCAAGAGCAAAAUCGCGAUCUCAGUAGGCAGGUUAGAUUCAUUUCACCACUUUUUUUUGUGUAA